AUGGCCGUGGAUCUCGAAAAAGAUUACGAAAAAGCUCGUGCUUCCGAGGGGAUGUACUACAGUCUCAGCAAUCAGUUGUGUGCUACGGUGCUUCAGCCAGAUGUUGGCGGUUACGACGCGAUUGCCGUGAUUCGGAAGAACAGCACAUUUCAAGUAUAUGUUCCCUUCUCGUUUCUCUUGGGCUUAUGGAGCCUCGCUCAAGCUCCAGGACAGGAAGCAACAGCCAGGGGUCAGGAGUUAGCUUCCAAGGCGGGGGUAGGAGGAAAAGAGACCUAUUCGGUGCUAUCAAUGGCGAAGAUGCUCAUCAAACUCCCGACUCUGAUACUUGCGCACCUUCCAAUGGUCCAGUUCUGGAGGCAAUCAUGGGAAUUGACAUGA